GGCCUCAUUUUAGGAGUCUAUUCCAAAGACAAAGACGAUGACGUGCCACAGUUCACGAGUGCUGGGGACAAGUUUGACAAGUCGCUGUCCGGAAAGCUGAGAGAGAUCCUGACCCUAUCUGGGCCCCCUCUGAAGGCAGGCAAGACCCGGACCUUCUACGGCCUGCACCAGGACUUCCCCAGCGUGGUGCUAGUCGGCCUGGGCCAGAAGGCAGCCGGAGUGGAUGAGCUGGAGAACUGGCAUGAGGGCAAGGAGAACAUCCGGGCUGCUGUUGCAGCGGGGUGCAGGCAGGCCCAGGAGCUGGAGCUGCCGUCUGUGGAGGUGGACCCCUGCGGAGAUGCCCAGGCGGCUGCGGAGGGAGCUGUGCUUGGCCUCUAUGAGUACGACGACCUGAAGCAGAAGAAGAAGGCGGCCGUGUCGGCGGAGCUCCACGGAAGUGGAGACCAGGAGGCUUGGAAGAGAGGGGUUCUCUUUGCUUCGGGGCAGAACUUGGCCCGCCAGCUGAUGGAGACGCCAGCCAACGAGAUGACACCCACCAGGUUUGCGGAAAUCAUCGAGAAGCACCUCAGGACUGCUAGCAGUAAGACGGAGGUCCACAUCAGACCCAAGUCUUGGAUCGAAGAACAGGGAAUGGGCUCAUUCCUCAGUGUGGCCAAAGGGUCUGACGAGCCCCCGGUCUUCCUGGAAAUCCACUACAAGGGCAGCCCCAAGGCCGAGGAGCCGCCGCUGGUGUUCGUGGGGAAGGGGAUCACCUUCGACAGCGGCGGCAUCUCCAUCAAGCCCUCCGCGAACAUGGACCUCAUGAGGGCCGACAUGGGCGGGGCGGCCACCGUGUGCUCAGCCAUCGUGUCUGCCGCGAAGCUCCACCUGCCCGUUAAUGUCAUCGGUUUGGCUCCACUCUGUGAGAACAUGCCGAGUGGCAAGGCCAACAAGCCCGGGGACGUCGUGCGGGCCAGGAACGGGAAGACCAUUCAGGUCGACAACACUGACGCGGAGGGCCGCCUCAUCCUGGCCGACGCACUGUGCUACGCACACACCUUCAACCCGAAGGUCAUCGUCAACGCCGCCACCCUGACAGGAGCCAUGGACGUCGCGUUGGGGUCAGGCGCCACGGGGGUCUUCACCAACUCGUCCUGGCUGUGGAACCGACUGUUCGAGGCCAGCGUGGAGACCGGGGACCGCGUCUGGAGGAUGCCGCUCUUCGAGCACUAUACGAGACAGGUGGUCGACUGCCAGCUAGCUGACCUUAACAACAUUGGGAAAUACAGAUCUGGCGGUGCGUGCACAGCUGCGGCCUUCCUGAAAGAGUUCGUGACCCACCCGAAGUGGGCCCACCUGGACAUCGCAGGCGUGAUGACCAACAAGGACGAGGUCCCGUACCUGCGGAAAGGCAUGACCGGCAGGCCCACGAGGACGCUGAUCGAGUUCUUACUUCGUUUUAGCCAAGACAGCGCUUAGUGAAAAUACUUGAAAAUCCCUUCAUUCCGUCCUCAGUGGGACGGUUAAACUUCAGAAUAUUUUUGAAUGAAUGUAUGAAAAUCUUCUAAAGGGGACAAAGGAUAGUAUUUAAAAAUGUUGAGCAAAAUGAAAUUCAUAUGCCUUGAUUUUUUUUUCAUUUUAUGCAAAGAUUUAUAAAGGUAAAGCUACUGUCUUGCUUGGCAAGGAUUUUUAAGAGAAUCUAUACAUGAUUGAUUUUUAAAAUUUUCCUAAUCACUUUUCAGAGAAUGUUUUUAAUUGAGAAACAAAAUUGUAUUUCAGAUCUGUGAUGCUAGGAACGUGAGCAAACGGAAAGUUACCAUGCGCGUGUCAAAACAAUAAACCCCGACUUGGUGCUCUCUGGA